UGGAAUGCGCUGACUUCCAACACGCUUAAAUGCAUGUGUCGCUGGCAGAUUGAGGCGAAGGUGGCGUGUUGGUGGGCGGUUCACCAGUACAGACAGACGACUUUCUUUCAGUUAGUAUUCUACGCUCGUGAAAAACUCACACAACUAGACCAACGAAAAUCGUAGAAUCUUAACUCUUCUCGUCGACGACAAACGCAGUAUAUAACAAAACUGUUGCUCCAGCGCUUAGACAUAAAGGGGGCACGACAAGGUCAAUUAAGGUGGUCUCAGUGAAGGAAAGGAUUUGCUCGAAAGAGAAACUGCAAAUUUCCUGCGAGAAUGGCACAUCUCAUAAAAAGUAUUAAAAGAUCAGUGGUGCUGACUCAGAAGAUAGCGAAUUCGGCUGCAGCGGCGGUAGCGACGACGGGACAGCAACGUUUCAGGAGUACUAAACAUGAGGACUAUGAUUUGGUUGUUGUUGGUGGUGGUAUUGUUGGCGUCGCGUCAGCGCGCGAAAUUCUGUUACGACAUCCCCAUUUGCGCGUAGCUCUAUUGGAGAAGGAAAAGAAAUUAGCUGUACACCAGAGUGGGCAUAAUUCAGGCGUUAUACACGCCGGAAUGUACUACAAACCGGGUUCCUUAAAGGCAAAACUAUGUGUGGAGGGUAUGCGAUUGGCAUACGAAUUCCUGGACGAAAAAAAGGUGCCAUACAAAAAAGUGGGCAAGUUAAUUGUGGCCACCAAUGAAGAGGAAGUGGAGCGCUUAAUGAUUCUGUAUGAACGUGGCCAACAGAAUCAGUGUCCUGACCUGAAGCUGGUCGAUGCCAAGGGAAUAAAAGAGAUUGAGCCAUAUUGUCACGGCAUUAAGGCUAUACACAGUCCGCAUACGGGAAUUGUUGAUUGGAGUGUUGUCACACAAUACUAUGCCCAAGACUUUAAACAAGCCGGCGGAAUUAUCCAUCUCAACUACAAAGUAUCAGACUUCUUGGAAACCACCGGCGACGAUGCUGCGAAAUACCCAGUGACAAUAUGCGGCGCACGCGACCAUCAGCAAGUGCGUACGCGUUAUGUGCUCACCUGUGGCGGUCUGCAAUCGGACAAGUUGGCCGAACUGACAGGUUGUCCGCGAGAUCCACGCAUCAUACCUUUCCGCGGCGAAUACCUUUUGCUCUCGAAGGAGAAACAACAUAUGGUGCGCGGUAAUAUUUACCCCGUGCCUGACCCAAAUCUGCCCUUCUUAGGUGUACAUUUCACACCGCGCAUGGACGGUUCUGUGUGGCUUGGACCGAAUGCGGUGUUGGCAUUCAAGCGUGAAGGCUAUACUUGGGUUGAUGUGAAUUUAUUGGAUUUAUUCGAUGCGGUACGUCAUCGCGGUUUCUUGAAAAUGGCUAGUCGCCAUUUGAGAUUCGGUUUGAACGAAAUUACUAAAUCAUUGUUUAUAAGAUCGCAAACAAAGGAGUUGCAAAAGUACAUACCGGAAAUUAACGAAUUUGAUAUUAGCCAAGGCCCGGCUGGCGUGCGUGCACAAGCCAUGGAUAGCCGCGGUACUUUGGUGGAUGAUUUCGUUUUCGAUAAAGGAGAGGGCGAAAGCGCUCUGGCUAAGCAAGUCAUCCAUUGUCGUAAUGCCCCAUCGCCAGGCGCCACCAGUAGCUUGGCCAUUGCCAAGAUGAUAACCGAUAAGCUUGAAAAGGAAUUUGACAUCAAAGGUUAACACAACCUUACCACAUGCCACAAGUUGUGCAUGGGGUACGAUUAUUUACUGGGCAACUAAUCAGCAUUAUUACAUUGGUGUUCUUUUUUUUCCUAUAUAUAUUUUUUAGCAUUUACAAAUUCCUCUUUAUAACUUUUCGUAUGUAUUUAUUCAACCAAAGUAAUGUACAGGGCACUUAAGUGGCUUCUUGGUACGCGCAAGAAAUUAUUAUAUGAUGAAAAAUGCUCAAAGAAUACCAUAAAUAAAAAAAAUAGUUUCCUAUAA